CCAGUUAUGCUCUGAAGUUUGUUUUACAUUCUGGGGCACAUAGUGAGCCGCAUGUUCAUGCAGGCGUAACGUUCACAGACGGGUCCACAGUCUGCAUAGACGGUCUGCACAGACGGGUCCACAGUCUGCACAGACGGUCUGCACAGGUGCAGUGAGAGGCAGAGGUCAGGACGGGAGAAGCUGUGACCACGCAGCGGAGAGCGAGACAGAGAAACGGUGUGAUCUCCAUCCGCAGGGCGAUCAGGAUGAUGACGGCUUGUAUCGGCCUUCUGCUGCUGGCAGCAGCUCUUGGAGCUUUGGGGCAGGAGCUGCCUUCGACCCCCCAUGGUUGCACUGAAGGAAGCUGCUACCCAGCGACUGGAAACCUGCUGAUUGGACGGGCUGCCAACCUGACGGCCAGCUCCACGUGUGGCCUGGAGGUACCGGAGCAGUUCUGCAUCGUCAGCCACCUGCAGGAUGUGGACAAGUGCUUUGAGUGUGAUUCCCGGCGGCCGUACGAUCCGGAGCGCCACAGAAACAGCCACCGCAUUGAAAAUGUCAUCUACCUAACGGACCAGAAUGGGGACGAGACCUUCUGGAAGUCGGUCAAUGGUAAGGAAGACGUCAGCAUCCGGCUGGACCUGGAGGCUGAGUUCCACUUCACGCAUCUCAUCAUGAAGUUUAAGACCUUCCGCCCUGCUGCUUUGAUCAUCGAGCGCUCUGCUGAUUUCGGUCGUACAUGGCGUCCCUACCGCUACUUCGCCUCCAACUGUACCAGAAGCUUCCCCGGCAUCCCCGUCAACGGCUUGCACCAAAAUAAUGACAUCAUCUGUGAGGAGCGCUACUCUGACAUUGAGCCCUCUAAAAACGGAGAGGUCAUCUUCAAAGUUCUGGAUCCAGCCAUCCCGGUGGAAGAUCCCUACAGCUUGGACAUCCAAGAACUUCUGCGGAUCACCAACUUGCGCAUCAACUUCACCAAGCUCAACACGCUGGGAGACGACCUGCUGGACCGCCGCUACGACGUCUUACAGAAGUACUACUACGCCAUCAACGAGCUGGUGGUCCGAGGGAGCUGCUUCUGCUAUGGACACGCCUCAGAGUGCGCCCCAGUGCCGGGGGUCAACACCCACCAGUUCGGCAUGAUCCACGGACGCUGCGUUUGCAAACAUAACACUGAAGGUCUGAACUGCGAGCGCUGCAGGGAUUUCCACCACGACUCACCAUGGAGACCGGCGGAGUCCGAGGACCCUCACACCUGCAGAGAGUGUAACUGUAACGGCCACUCAGACCGCUGUCACUUCGACAUGGCCGUGUUUUUGGCCACGGGAAACGUCAGCGGCGGAGUCUGUGACCAAUGCCUGCACAACACAAUGGGACGCAACUGUGAGAUGUGCAAACCGUUCUACUACCAAGACCCAAACAGGGAUACCCGGGACCCCCGUGUCUGUGUCGCCUGCGAUUGCGACCCGGUGGGGUCGUUAGAGGGAGGCGUGUGUGACAGCCGCACCGACCCAUCGAUGGGAAUGAUCGCAGGACAGUGUCGCUGCAAAGCCAACGUGAAAGGCGCGCGCUGCGACGACUGCAAGCCGGGCUUCUACGGGCUGAGCCAGAGCGACCCUGUGGGCUGCCAGCCUUGUAAUUGUGACCCCCGUGGUGUCAUCAUGGCGGAUGCUCCAUGUGAUCAGAUCAGUGGGGACUGCUCCUGCAAAAGAUACGUCACAGGCCGCUACUGCAACCAGUGUCUGCCAGAAUACUGGGGCCUCAGUAAUGACUUGGGUGGCUGCAGACCCUGUGAUUGUGACUUUGGUGGAGCUUAUAACAACAGGUGCACCAUGGAGAGUGGGCAGUGCGUCUGCAGGAGUCAUCUCAUCGGCCGACAGUGUUCAGAGGUGCAGCCUGGUUAUUUCUGUGCUCCUCUGGACUUCUACAAAUACGAGGCUGAAGAAGCUACCAGGCACUCCACCACCGACCCGUCGCUGCCGGGCCCGGUCCGUCCGCAGGCAGCAGACGACUGCAUCCAGCAUCUCAGCAACCAGGCCAGGAGGCAUCGGCGGCACCGGCGCAUUUCAAGCCUGCAGCAGUACCAGGCGGCACUGAGACGCAUCCGGCAGCUCCAGCAGACCCCGGAUGUCACCACUGUACACCGGACCCACGCUCCCAGCUCCAGCGCCACCUGGACCGGGCCUGGCUUCGUUCGUGUCAAAGAUGGCGCCGGCUUGGUGUUCACCAUCGACAACAUCCCCUAUGCCAUGGAGUACAGGGUGCUGAUCCGAUACGAGGCCGAGUCCACAGAGGACUGGGAGGCUGUGGUGAGCAUCACCUCCAUGGAUCUGCCCACCAGCCUCCGAUGUGGAAACCUUCUACCAACUGAGCAGCUCUACACAGAAACGCUGCUGCACAGCAACAGAUUCAACAUGAUGUCCCGCCCAUUUUGCUUUGAGCCCAAUAACCGCUACAUGGUGGCCAUCAGGUUCCAGAGACAUGGAGUGGCGUACAGACACCUCACUGCCUUCAUCCUGGUGGACUCGCUGGUUUUGAUCCCCAGCUACUCCGAGCUUCCUGGUUUCCAGGUCAGUGAAUCAGAGGACCUGUGCCUGGGCUCCUUCAUGAUGCCGCCGAUGCCGGCUCUGGAUGACACCUGCUCCAAGCUCAUCUGCAGCAUCUCGGCUGUUAUUCACAACGGCGCUCUGCCCUGUCAGUGUGACCCUCAGGGCUCCGUCAGCGGCGCGUGUGAGACGGUGGGAGGUCAGUGCCGCUGCAAAGCCAACGUCAUGGGGCGCCGCUGCGACCAGUGCGCCCCGGGAACCUACGGCUUCGGAGUGAAUGGCUGCACUGCCUGUGACUGCCACCCAGAGGGCUCUGUGAGCCACCAGUGCGACCCAGUUACAGGCCAGUGCCCCUGCAGACAGGGAGCCACUGGGCGCCAGUGCUCCGACUGCCAACCGGGCCAGUGGGGCUUCCCCAGCUGCAGACCCUGCCAGUGCAACGGCCACGCAGACCUGUGCCACCCCCAGACAGGGGAGUGCCGGGGCUGCAGGGACAACACGGCGGGACGCUUCUGUGAACGCUGCAUGGAUGGGUUCUAUGGGAACCCGGUGCUUGGUUCUGGGGAUCACUGCCACCCCUGCCCCUGCCCUGGUAUCCCCGGUUCGGCCAACUUCCACGGACUCUCCUGUCAAACAGACCAGAGCUCUGAUCAGAUCAUCUGCAGCUGCAAACAAGGCUUCACAGGGCCGCGCUGCGAUCAGUGCUCUCCAGGUUACUAUGGCAACCCACAGCAAGCCGGCGGGCAGUGCGUCCCCUGCGCGUGCAACGGCAACAUCGACCCCCUGGACCCCGGGUCGUGUGACUCCAGGACCGGGCAGUGCCUCAGGUGUCUGUACCACACCGACGGGUCGUCCUGUGAGAGCUGUGAAAGCGGUUACUACGGCAACGCUUUGGUGAAGGACUGCAGACGUUGCACCUGUGUGCCUGCUGGCACCCUGCAGUCUGCCUGCAGCGAUGGACGCUGUCUCUGUGACAGUCAAAAUGGAAGCUGCCCCUGCAGGGGGGCAGUGAUGGGGAACAACUGUGACCAGUGUGCCCCUGACCACUGGAACUACGGCCAGGAAGGAGGCUGUCAGCCCUGCAACUGUCACCCACAGCACUCAGUGGGCUCCCACUGCAACAUGUUUACAGGCCAGUGUCGCUGUCGCCACGGCUUUGGAGGACAGCAGUGCACUGAGUGCCAGGAGAACCACUGGGGGGACCCACAGGUGGAGUGUAAAGAGUGUAACUGCCACCCACUGGGUUCCCAGUUACUCCAAUGUAACCGAGAGACGGGGCAGUGCGAGUGCCGGGAUGGGAUGGCAGGGGCCCGGUGUGAUGAAUGCGCCCGCGGCUUCACGGGUGUCUUCCCAGACUGCGUCCGCUGCCAUCAGUGCUUCCAGCUGUGGGACGACUACCUGUGCCAGAUCAGAAGGGAUCUGGACCACAUACAGGAUGCUAUAGAGAGGAUCCUGGAGAGUGGGACCACGCCCGGCGUGGAUAGUGCCCGCAUCAAGGAGCUGGAGCAGAAGCUGAAUCAAGUCCGGGCUCUAAUUGAUGCAAGGGACAUAGAAACGACCCAUCAGCUGAUUGGACAGAGCAUCGACAACCUCAACACAGAGAUUCUUCUGAUCAACCAAAAUCUGAAGGAAAUCAACCAGGAUACCAACAACACCAAGGGAGCAGACGAGGUCUUAAAGCGCAACCUGGUUGACCUGGAGACAGCACUGAGGGAGUUAAAUGCCAUGGUAUCUCGCAAACAGGAGCAGCUGGAAAACUACUUCAGCUCAGGAUUUGCAGACCAGUUUGACAAAGUGAAGAAGUUCUACCAGGAGUCUCAGCAGGCGGAGGAGAAAUGCAACGCCUCGGUGUCGGGUCCUGAGAGUCCGCUCCAGCAGUCCAACCAAACUCGACAGGUUACAGAGGAGCUGCUGAGCAGCACCAAAGACCAGCUGCUUCAGAACGCCACCGCUCACAACAGGUCAUUGAAUGAGCUGCAGCAAAAGGCCCAGAACCUGAGUGAGGAGCUGCAACACCUGAGCCAAAAGGUGUGUGGCGGUUCCAGCAAUACCAGCCAAAAUGGCAGCUGCCCUGAGGGGGUGUGUGGAGGCCUGGGUUGCCGGGAUGACCAGGGUAACCUUGUGUGUGGUGGAGAGGGAUGCAACGGGACAACCAGCUCUUCACUGACUGCGCUGAAUAACGCCAGAAAGAUCUCAGACGACGUGAAGGCGGCCAUGGAGGAGCUGCAGGCCGUUUCAAAGAAGCUUCAGGACAUAGCUUCCCAGACCCAGGCGGUGAAGAACCAGACCAUGGACGCCCUGGAGAAGGCCCAGAAGAAGAAGGAGUACUUUGAAAAAAGCAAUAAAGAUCUUAAAGAUUUCAUUAAGAAGAUCAAAGACUUCCUGACAGAGGAGGGCGCAGACCCUGAGAGCAUCCUGAAGGUGGCGCAGCAGGUCCUGGACAUCCGGCUGCCGCUGGACCGAACCGCCCUGGACAACAUGACCCUGCAGAUCAGAGACAGCAUCGCCAACCUCAGCAACGUCCAGAGCGUCAUCAACCAGACGUCGCAGCUCAUCCGUGGCGCCGAGGAGCUGCUGAGGAAGGCUAAGGAAGCAGAGUGAGUGACCAGAUGCUGGGAUCUCAGU